CUCGCUCCCUGGCACUUCGGUUUGCCCGCAUGUGCUCACCCAUUGACAGUCUGUCCAUCUACGGCUUCCGUUUGCGGGACAAGUACAUUGUCAACGACAUUAUGCGCUGGAACCUGCGCGAGCUCGAAUUAUGGCAUGCCCCGUAAGCCCCUAGCCAAUCUCGGCUACUUGCUUAACGGCAUGCGUAGCCUGACCUCGCUGCGCAUUGAGAGCGACUCCCCAUUGCCUACCAAUAUUUGGGGCCCGUUGUCCACGCGCUUGCACGGCCUUAACAAGCUGCGUAUAUGGGCGCCAAGCAUCUCUGGUAGCCAGCUGCUCCGCUCGCUGAGCCAGGCGCCGCAAAGGAUGACUGUACUGCAUCUCAUCGGCGCUGACAACGACAUCAGCGACGACGCUAUUCUCAGCAUUGUCCAGAGCGCUCCCAGUAUGCAGUCGCUUGUUAUCCACAGUGCCAACAUCACCGCGCGCUCUGCAGCCGCCCCUCUAGGAUACUGCAGAAACCUGACUCACUUGGAGCUGGCACGCGACCAGCCCGAGGCCGACAACUACUCUGAUGCUGACUCCGCGCUCUUGCCUGCUGUUGCCUCCAGACUCAACACGCUCAGCGUACGCAAUCUGGGCAUCAGCGAUGCUCUUGUCCAGUCCGCAGCUUUGGCGAUAUUUGGUCUGCGCACGCUCUACAUAAGUGGUGCUGCUGCUCUCACAGGCAUCGCAGUCGGCGAGCUCCUGCGCAGCUCCACUCAGUUGGCUGCUCUUGGCCUCCACAAUUGUCCAAAGCUGUCGGACUCUGCCCUCCAGGGUUUGGCCCAGGGCCUCAGCGCCCCCACCCUGCGUGUUCUGCUUAUCCACCAGUGCGCAGUGCAGUCCGAGGGAAUUGAGCGCGUGCUUGCGUCAUUCCACGCCAUCAGGCACUUUUCAGUUAAGGGAACUGAGGUUGUCCGCCAGCAAUUCCAGUACGCCUAUGUGGCCACCAACAACAGCGUAACCGAUCCCGUGGCAGAGCCCCAGCCGCUGCCAGUGCAGCGCUCGUUCAAGCCUGUUUACCCAGCAGAUCACUUCUUUAUCAAGAGCGACAUACAAAACCAGCCUGAAAAACACUCCGCUGUUAUCCUUCCGUUUGCCACAGAGGCGGUAAAGGACGGGCAAAGAUUGCUCGAGCCCAGCAGUCCUUUGAUUAAGAACGCGUUCAGUGAAAACUCGGCCAAGCGCUUUGUGCCCGGACUCAUGGCAUUUACCAAUUGCUUCCAGCGUCAGGAGGCAUACUCAAGAAUUGGUCGACCCAGAGCCGCAACUGUGUCAUUCGUUGAGCAGGGGGAUUCUUCCGAGCUAGUUGAGGAUGUUCAGCCCAUUAGCCGCCCACGUAGCAUCUCUGAGCUGCCUGCAAGCCUAGAAUCAAUUACUCAGGAGGUUGAACCAAUAACGGAAAAUAUUGCUGAUGAAACCGAUCUCGACUUGGUAGCUACCUCAGAUGGCGAUACCAGCACAGAGGUUGUUAGAGAUACUGAGAUUGCCAAUGAAACAGCUACAUUCGACAUUGUACCUCGUUCACUGGACAUGGGCAACUUGGAAAUUGAGCCAGCUACCCUUAAUAAAAGGCUGUUGCCACCCCCGAGGCCGUUGUCGAGGAGGCUAUUGUCGAGGAGGCUGUUGCCGCUCCUGAGGCUGUUGUCGAGGAGGCUGUUGCUGCUCCUGAGGCCGCCGUCGAGGAGGCUGUUGCCACCCCUGAGGCUGUUGUCGAGGAGGCUGUUGCUGCUCCUGAGGCCGCCGUCGAGGAGGCUGUUGCUGCUCCUGAGGCCGUUGUCGAGGAGGCUGUUGCUGCUCCUGAGGCCGUUGUCGAGGAGGCUGUUGCUGCUCCUGAGGCCGUUGUCGAGGAGGCUGUUGCUGCUCCUGAGGCCGCCGUCGAGGAGGCUGUUGCCACCCCCGAGGCCGUUGUCGAGGAGGCUGUUGCCACCCCCGAGGCCGUUGUCGAGGAGGUUGUUGCCACCCCUGAGGCCGUUGUUGAGGCUGUUGCUGCUCCUGAGGCCGUUGUCGAGGAGGCUGUUGCCGCUCGCGAGGCUGUUGUCGAGGAGGCUGUUGCUGCUCCUGAGGCCGCCGUCAAGGAGGCUGUUACGGAUGUUGUCUCUGAGUCUACUGUAGAUGUGCCACAUGCCCGUUCUUUGUCUCUUCCUGCUGAUAAUAAGGCUGAUGAACCAGCCGUUGAUUUUAUUGGUGAUUACAAGCCCGCCGCCGAUUCUGUACCGCAUGGGAGCAACUCGGCUGAGUUGGCUGCAGGUGUUUCUCUUGCACUUGCAACUGUUGGCGCUUCAUUGGCUUCACGUUUAC